AUGGCGUGUUUAGGUCGCCGAAGUGUCGCGGCAGACGCCGAAGACGCGCCGCGUGUGGAGCCCCGGCACGACGCGCCCCCGCCGCCAGGCUGGCCAGAGGACGUGGCCUUCCUCACCCGUCCGCGCCUCGGACCAGCCUUUCCCCCCGCGCUAAUCCCGCUGCUCCUCCCCCAGCCGACGGCGCAGUCCCCUACUUCGUCCCCACUGUCGCUGUCUUCGUCCCUCUCGUCCUCGGCGUCUUCCUCGACCCUUUUAUCGGCAUCUUCGACUCGCUUCGCGCCCCGCGCGACGCCACACCCCGCCAUUGUCGCCAUUAAGCGCGUCACGACACCGUCGCACCCGGCGUACGGGCAGCGCUGUCUCGUCGCGCGCCGCCGGAUAGCGCAGGGCGAGAUGGUCAUCCCCUACUUGGGGAUCAUUCACGCCGACGUCGUAAGCGAAGGUGAGGAGGAGAAGAGCAAUAAAGACCCAGCGCACGCCGAAUCAGACUACGACCUCUCCCUCCUCCGCCUGUCCGCGUCCGACAUCCGCAACCCCCUCCCUGGGCACGUCUCCAUCGGCGUGGAUGCGGCACAAGCCGGCAACGCGGCGCGCUUCGUCAACGACUAUCGCGGUGUCGCAAGCAAGCCAAACGCCGAGUUUCGCGUAGGCCGCGGCGAAGCUGGUGAGCUGCGCAUGGAGGUGUGGGCUCUGAAAGGCGGCAUAGCCAAAGGCGACGAGGUGCUCGUCAGCUACGGCAAGGGCUGGUGGGGCGCGCGCCGGCAGUGA